AUGUUGAUACCAUCCAAAGGAUAUGGUCACGGUCCACAGAAUGCCAACGCCUACCAACCCAACACUAAAGCACAAGGUUAUGGACCUGCAGCACCUCAGCCCAAUGGGAAUGGAGCCAAAGGUUACGGACCUGCACCUGUAGCUUCUAAAGGACGGGGACCCAAACACAACGGUUAUGGUGGUGGACCUUUGGCACAGAGUGGAGGAGCAGCCAAGCCCAAUGGAUACGGAGGCACCAAAGGACCCAAAGCAGGAUAUGCUGGAUAUCCCAAUGGAGCUGGAAUUAAAGGACCGAAACCAGGUUACGGUGGUUUGCCCACAGGUUACGGACAGAGAUCCAAUGGAUAUGGAGGUUAUCCCAAUGGGGGCGCUAAAGCACCUAAGCCAGGGUAUGGUGUUGGUGCUGGAGUUGGUAAUGGAGGACCAAGUAAUGGACAAGGAGCCAAGCCCAAUGGAUAUGGCCCUGUAGCAAAUGGAAAUGAGAAAGGGCCCAAAGGAAAAAGCCUUAGCCCUGAAGCCCCAAGUCUUCCAUCAGUAACAGGGUACACCAAAGGAGUUGCACAGCCAGCUAAACCUGAGCCUACCAUAGGAGUACCUACUGCACUGCCACCCACCAAGAGAAUGCCAUUAAUGUCAAGUUGGAAGGGCCCAAAACCUCAGGUUCCACAAGGCUACCCAUCUAAGCCAAUAGUGCAAGAGCAGGCUCCAGUGAAUCUACAGAAUAAAGCACCCAAACCUGAACAAUAUGUCACACAAGGACAAGCUCCGUUCCCAGAGCUUGCACCCCUCAUUCCUCAGGGUAAAGGUCCAAAGCCAGCCACCCAACUAGCUCCAGAAAUUCCUCAAGGAAAUCCUCAGAAACCAGUUGCUCCUGCUUUACUUCCAUUCACUCAACCAGAGAAAGCCCCAAAGCCAGUUGCUCAAGACCAACAGCUUGUUGCACCAGUGUAUCCACAGGGGAAUGGUCCAAAGCCAGUUGCUUCACAACCAGCUGUUCCACAAGGUAAAGGUCCCAAACCUGUUGCUCCGGUCCUUGAGAUUCCACAAACGAAAGAUCCCAAACCUGUAGCACCAGAACCAGAUGCACUACAGACAGCAGGUCUUCCACUUACCCUUGAACCAACCCCUGCUAUGCCUCAGAUGAAGGGUCCAAAAGUAGCAAAUCCUGGUCCAGGAUAUGGCCCUAAACUCAAACAGCCAGGCUACGUUAAUCCAGGAGCAGGAUACGGAUAUGGCAACGGUGGAGCAGGACAGCUACCGUAUAACGGUGCCCCCAUCAUCCCCGCUCGACUGGAUGGUGGGCCAUACGGAGCUCAGCCAAUGGGAUUAGGCUCCGAGGGAAAGCCUCAAGUCAGAUAUGGGAUCGGCGGCCUCCUUUUUGGCGGCUCGCCCACAGGAUACAACUCCAAUCCGUACGGGAAAUACGGUAAUCCCGAUGCUGCAUCGCCUUAUGGUUCUAAAGCAGCCGGAAACUACAAUCCGCUGGAAUUUAACGCCAAUCCCAAAUCUGCUGGGAAAUACAGUAUGGGAGGCUCUCCGUACACUGCUAGCACUAGUGACUCUGGAAAAUAUGGACCUUAUGGUGGCCAGCAGCUUGGUUUGCAAGCUGUCGCUGGGAAUUCUGGGAAAUACGGCCAGUCUGUUGGACCCUACGAUCCGGAGCCGAUCAGUCUCGGUGGUGAUGCUAAAUCAUCUGGAAAAUAUGGCAAUCCAUCGCUUCCAUUUGAGGCCCUCGGUCCAGUCACUGAUGGUCAGUCCAUCGAUCAGCCCGUGCUGCAAUAUGAAGCUCCUGCUAUUGAUGGAUUGAAGUCUGUAGAUCAGUUCGGAGAUGGAGAGGUGCAGCCCCAACCUAUUGCUCCUCUGCUAGAUGAUCGAGUUGGAGAAGCAGUGUCUCUAGAAAACCCUGCCUUCUCGCCGGUGGACACGCCCACUGAAGCAGCGACACCGCAGCACAUUCCCGUUCAGCAGAACCUCAAAGGCCCACAGCUACCCCAGUCCUGGACAGGAGGCAAGGAGCUGACACACGACCUGAAAGGAUUCUUCGGCAAUGGAUAUCACGGUUGA